CGUCAUCCAAGACAUCACCAAAAAAGAGGCGCCAAUUGUUUCGAGUCAUGUAUUGAACACAGAACUCAUUAAUCAGUGGUUGACUCAAGAAGAAGAAGAAGUGGUGACCGACGAUGACAUCAAACUGUGUCCAACAGUUGCUCGAAGUACUCAUCGAGAAGAUUGUCAAAAAUGACAACAAAAUAGCGGACGAAGUCAUGGAAAAUUUGGUUGCACUGUUUGAUACCGAAAUGAUUGAAGCACUGGAACUGCUCGACAGUGACAAUGUUAGCAAAAUUGUGUCAAACAAUAAUUGUCGACACAUAUAUCAAGUAGAGUCCGGCGAAAAGUCUAAGACAAGACCCGGCCGUUACUUCUGCUUAAUUGAUGCCAAUUAUUGCAGUUGCGAUCACUUCAGAAAAAGUCUGUCGGAUGACUCGGUAUUGUUUUGCAAACAUCUGAUUGCUUGCAAACUGUCGAUUGCUAUCAAUUCAUUCAAAACAAUUACCAAAACCAAUGAAGAAAUGAAUGACUUGUGGACCAAACAUAUUCUUAUAUAAGAUUAGAGUAU